CAGAAAGUUUAGAAGACAUAGAAAGUUCAGAGAAUGAAUUAGAUUCAAGCUACUUUAUAGCAGAGAACAAUGUUUAUUAUUCUUCAGAAGAAGAAUCUUAUAAUUCUGAAUAUGCAAACAGAAUUAGUUCAGAAAUAACAGUUAUAUUAGACAAUAGUGAAUCUGAAAUAGAAGUUAUUUAUGAAAAGAGAAAAUCUAAAGCUAAUCUUAUUGAACCGCAA